AUGAGUGAUGUUGACCCUGUCUCUCUCUCCGCUGCCUUGGAUGUCGGUCGCAACAAUACGCUCGCGGUGGUGAAGCAGGAUGGCGAGGCCGAUUCACGGUCGAGGGAUCGACCCUCGUCUCCCGAUCGGAAGCCUCCGAACGCCAACUCCUCCGCUCCUGCUCGCUCAUCCACCACCAACCCCACUUCUGAUGCAGCGACCGCGCUGAAACCGGUUAUCUCUACUCAAACCGCCUCACCCCGUCGAGACAGCGCUGGAUCGCACCACCCGAUGGGAGCAGCGGACAAGGACGGGAUGGACCCCCUCAGUCCCAAGGCAGAUUCAGAGGCCGAGACCAUCAUUCAAUCGGGUCGAGAAUCUCUCUCCCCCGAAAAGAAAAGAAAGACCAUCCGCCAUGACCCUCACCGUCGAGCCGUCGACGGACUCGACAGCUCACAUCGGAAGAGACCUCGUCUGGAUUAUGAUGACGACGAGCGGCCAACACGGGCGCGAAGCCCAACCGAUCGAGGAUACUCCCCAACAUCGGUGGUGAAGGUGGAAAAGGUCGACGAAGGACCAUCGGGGCCGGAAGAUGUGAGGAAGGAUGUCAGCAGCGGCAACCUUGAACCUGGAAAACCGCGCAAUCACCGAAAACGUAGUGUGAGUGAUAACCCUGGCGAGAAGAGGGAGCGUCAUCGUGGUCAACAAGGAAGCGAGAGCCGCGAUAUCAAGCACCCGAGUCACACCCGUGUGUCACGCCCGCCUGCAAGCUCUCGUUCGGCUUCACCUGGACGACCGUCCCAUCACCGCUCCGCAUCCGGAUCAAACGUCGCCGCCAAAAAGAAAGCUCCCACGCCUUUAAUCACUGGUUUCCCACGACAAACUUCGGAGGACCGAGUGUCAAAUUCUUCGUCAACGAGCAGCUCGCCGCUCCCUAGCGCACAUGCUCGCAAGCCCGGAUCCAGUGUGGGUGCAUCGGCCUCGAGACACCUGGGCACGAAGAAAUUGCGAGACAAGAGUGGCCGCACCCCCCUUGCGCGCGCUUGCGCAGACCGCAAGUUCGAUCAGGUAGUUCUGCGGUACAAUGAACGACCGGAGGAUUUGAAUGUCCCGGACAACGCAGGCAACACCCCUCUGCAAGUCGCCUCUCUCAAUGGCGAGGAGCAGAUUGUCAAAUUUCUUCUGGAUGCGGGCUGCGAAAUCAACACGAAGAACAUCGACAAGGACACGCCAUUGAUCGAUGCGGUGGAAAAUGGAAACGUGGAGGUUGUGAAACUUCUACUGGAAGCGGGUGCGAACCCUCGGACUGUGAAUGCCUCAGGUGAUGAGCCCUAUGAGUUGGUCCCUACGGACCUCAAGGAUGACGAAUAUGACGAUAUACGAAAGAUGUUAGCGGAUGCCAAGGCCAACUCUCGCCCUUGUCGACGCUCGGAGGAGCAGCAGGCGGCACCUGAUCGGCCUCCUCGAUCCCGUCGGGCAUCUGUUGCCAGUCCCUCGCGAAGCCCACCCCCGAUGGCCAGCACCACUGGCCGGCGAAAGACCGGACGAAGUGAGGCCACGCGAAAUGAUCUCCUGUGGACGCAGCCGACUUCCGAGAAUCUGCGGGAAUUUGCGGCCAAAGGCGAUGAGCAGGGCGUGGUCAGCAUUCUGAACAUACUUCAAAAGGCCGACAACGCGUCUCUCAUUGCCGCUGCCAAAGGAGGCCACUUCGACGUCCUCUCCUUGAUGUAUGCCAUCGGUGACGCUGAUGCUGAUCCGAACCCGCUUCGGGGGUCCGGCCACAAGCCUGGAUACAAUACCCCCAUGCUCGCUGCAAUCGGUCGGGGUAACAUGGAUAGCAUUCAACUCAUCCUUGGUCAGCCGGGCUUUGAUCCCACGCGGCGGCUUUUUGAAGACAAGACGUAUUACGAACUCUCCCGAUCUCGACAGGGAGAGAAUUGGGAAGAGGAAUACGACAUACUCAAGAAGGCGUAUGAGAAUUACAUUGGUCCGGGAAAGGGACGCAAGGAUGGAUCCUCUCCCCGCCGAGCCCGUGCUACGGACAAGGAUGAGAAACGCAAUGGUCGGCGAGACUCAUCCUCACCCGUUCCACGCACCAAACGACCAAACGACGCGAGCCCCAACGCCAACCGUCAACGACUACCAAAGGAUCAUGACAUCUCUGCAAAGGAAAAACGUCGUGAAGAAAAGAAAGCCGCAGUUCCCAGCGGCCGCCCCAAGGCUGUUUCACACGAAACACGGGAUGGGCGAGACCCGCACGAUUAUGCUCUCGCCAGUUCCGAUCAUGAUUCCAGUCGCCCUGAUUCUAAAAAAGCCAAACAUGCGACUUCUGUUCGGCGAGGCAGCGAAUCUAGUGGUGUUGCCAAGACCGAUGAAGUCCGUAAGAGGCGUCUUAUCGCUGGACGUCGGCCGCAGGACGGGGAUCGGAGACCAAGCUUGGCUGCCCAAGAUUCUCUUUCCAGCCACGAAGAAAAUGUGCGGCCUCAAGAAAGCCAUCCCGACUCUUCUCUUUCCCUAAAACGCAUUCGUACGGACACUUCGCCUGAGAGAUCUCGAUCACGUGAUAGAGGUGGUGACGAUCGUCUGUCACCGGAGGCGCGGAAGAAGAAGCGCCGUGUGCUGGCUGAGGAGAAAGCGUCUAAUCUCACAAAUGGAACACCCCGGAAGGUGGAAGAGGUGAACGGGCACAAAGCCCAGCAGCCUCGGCCUAAGGAGGAGACCCCCGAGACGACCCACCGCAAGCUUACUGAGACGUCGAAGAAACCAGCUGCUUCGUCUCUCAAAUCGGAACAAGUUUCACGUCUCUCUCAAGAUGUCUUGCCACACAAAUUGAAAGAACGCGACCUGAUUGACAAAGUCAGUGAGCCAAAAUCAUCGCCCCCUGUCUCCGAACACCGCUCUCUAUCCGAAACCUCCAAGGAGAAGGCGCGAGCUGAAAUGGUGAGCGAGCAUCGACGUCAAAUGGAGGCGAGGAAGGCGGAGGAGGAACGCCUUGCCAUGGAGAAGCUUCGUAUAGCAAAGGCUGAAGCUGAAGCAGAGGCACAACGGGCUCGACUGGCCAAGGAGAAGGCGGAGGCUGAACGUGCGGAACAAGCUGAGCGGGAUGCCCAAGCCGAACGAGCGGCGCAGGCCGAGCGCGAUGUUCAGGCCGAACGAGCUGCUCAGGCCGAACGAGCUGCUCAGGCCGAACGAGCUGCUCAGGCCGAACGAGUUGCACAGGCAGAGCAAGCUGCGCAAGCCGAAAAAGCGGCAGAGGCAGAGCGAGCUGCGCAAGUCGAAAGAGCCGCGCAAGCUGAACGGGAUGCACGGGCUGCCCGCGAGAAGGCUGAAGAAGAAGAGCGCAAGCGCCUCGAGAUGGAACAGCGCCGUGCCAGACAAGCAGAGGACGAGCGCCUGAAGAAGUUGGAGCUUGAGAGGGAGCGGGUGGCCAAGUUGCGACGUGAACAGGAGGCCGAGGAGCAACGACGUCGAGAUGCCCUACCAGGUCGCCUUCGGGCUUCUGCCUAUCUUGUCGGAACGCAUGAUCCCCGCGCUCGAAGUCACUCGUGGCUCAAGAAUUUCCUGCCUUUGGUCACUGUUGUGACCCGGCAGCUUGACGCCGGCUGUGCGGUUGAGGUCGCCGACGAGAAGUGGAUCCCUAAUUAUUUGGUGGCCCCCCUGCUGGCUACGAAUGACUUUCAGCUUUCUGACUAUGCCAGCUGGGAGAAGCGAAAAGCCACUGAAACUCAACGAAUGAACCUCUGGCGGUGUACACGGCGGAUGCUGGUGUAUACUGACGACCCUAGGUACCACAGUGCGUCCUUUGGUGACAUUAUGCGAUUGGAUUGCGAGACCAGACCAAAGUAUUUCGCUUUAGAGCAUGUUUUCUGGGUCAAGCUCUCCGAUUUCAUGGACAUCGUCCCACAGAUCCCUCAUCUCAGCGGCCUCGAGCUCGAUUGCAUCAGCAUGCACCUUGACCCCGAGCCACUCGCAGACUCUUCCCCACAGACCAACGGUUCAGCGACCAGCCCUGAUGCUGUAGCAACCAACGGUGCUGGCGUAUAUAAUGGAUUUGGCCAUGACCAUCCUUGA